AUGAAAUAUAGUUUAGACUUUCCGUUUAUUCAAAAAAUAUCUCAGUAUUUAUUUAAUAUUAAUGAUUUAUUGUCUUUUCAAUUAGUUAGUAAAAAGUGUGGAAAGGUGUUUCUUUUUUCUUCUUGUUAUCAUUAUCAACCCUUUAAUUAUGAUAUUUUCCAAACUGAUUCAAAGGUUUAUGAUGAGUUUAGAAUUAAAAUGAAAUUAUUUCAUAAUUCCCCCAUCAUUGAACUUAAUGAAAUUACUCUUCAAUUCAUUGACUUAAUUCCUUCAUUUUCCUCAAAACGUUUUAUACUUAAUGGAAAAAUAGUACAAGAUAAUGUACCUAUUCAAAUCCUUCAACAAACAAUUGAAUAUUCAACUACUUGUUAUCUUCCAGAAAUUAGUUCAAUGUCUUCAGUAACUAAAGUCAAAGGUUAUUUACCAAAAGGAAUGAGACUAAUAGACUGGAUGAAACGAGAAGAUAAAUUGAACUUUCUUUUUGUGAUAAGUUAUGAUGACUUAGAUGUUAUUUUAAAUGGUUUUGAACCAAACACCAUUGCUAGCGAAAUUGUAAUAUUACUAAAGGGAGAAAAGAAACAUCUCACACAGUAUAACAACAUUCCUCAUUUGACUAUUUGUCUUAAUCAUUUUAGUGAGCCGUAUUACUCGAAUGAAAUUGUUAUGAAACAAGAAAAUGGAUUAAUGCGAAUGGUUGAACCUACUGAUAGUAUUUCUUUAAGAAUGUUUUAUGACAUGUAUUUGUUUACUUAUGUUGUCAUUCUGAAGUCAACUCGAAAUGGUAAGAUUCUUCAUUUAGAAACAUAUAAUAUGGUAAAGAAAGUCAUCAAUUGUAAUGUCCCACAACAACAACUAAUAUUACCAAAAGACAUGGAUUAUUUCGAAGGAGAAUAUUAUCCACCUGAAUGUCAUUUGAAGGAAUUAAAAGAUGAUAUAAUUCAAUCAAACAACAUUCAACUAUUAGCAAUAUUUCAUUCAACAAAAUAUAUAAAUUUAAAGUCAAUCAAAUCACUUAAGAGUGUGUUUUUGAAGCAAAGCCCAUAUGUAAUUCCUCCACCAUUUUGUAAGUCAUAUAUUUUGAAUUAG